GCCGAGCCCCGCCUCUCCGCCCGUGCUCCUCUCGGCGUCGCCCUCCCGCCGAGGAAGAUGGCGCUGAGCGGCCAGAGUUUGGCAGAGCUAGAAGUUCUUUGUAAACAGCUCUACGAGGGGACAGAUUUAGCACAGCGAAUACAAGCAGAAAAGGUGCUCUUGGAGCUUAUUAACAGUCGUGAAUGUCUCAGCCAGUGCCAGCUUUUACUGGAACAAGGAACAACAUCCUAUGCGCAACUACUAGCAGCAACAUGCCUCUCAAAACUUGUAUGCAAAACACCUCCUUUACCUGUUCAGCAAAGAAUGGACAUCAGAAACUACAUAUUAAACUAUGUUGCAUCUCGACCAAAACUGGCCCUUUUUGUGAUCCAAGCUCUUGUUCAAGUCAUUGCUAAGAUCACAAAGUUGGGCUGGUUCGAUGUUCAAAAAGACCAGCUCAUCUUUAGAGACAUUAUUGCUGAUGUUAAAAAGUUUUUACAGGGGACUGUGGACCACUGCAUAAUAGGAGUAAUGAUUCUUUCAGAACUGACUCAGGAAAUGAAUUUUGUUGAUUAUUCUAGACCUUCAUCAAAGCAUCGUAAAAUAGCUACCUCAUUUCGGGAUACAACAUUGAAAGAGAUUUUGGUGCUGGCAUGCUCGCUGCUGAAAGAGAUGUUGGCAAAACCGUUAAAUCUUCAGGAUCAACAACAACAAAAUCUAGCAAUGCACCUUUUGAAACUUGUUCUCAAUUGUCUUAACUAUGACUUCAUUGGCAGUUCAGCAGAUGAAUCUGCAGAUGAUCUAUGUACUGUACAGAUUCCAACAAACUGGAGAUCAAUCUUCCUGGAGCCCGAAACCUUGGAUCUUUUUUUUGAUCUGUAUCAUUCCCUCCCACCAAUGUUGUCUCAGUUAGCACUUUCUUGUUUAGUUCAGUUUGCUUCUACAAGGAGAUCCUUAUUUAGCAACCCAGAACGUGCCAAGUAUCUUGGUAAUCUGAUCAAAGGAGUAAAAAGAAUACUUGAAAAUCCUCAGGGUUUAUCUGAUCCUGGUAAUUAUCAUGAAUUCUGUCGAUUUUUGGCUCGACUGAAGACUAAUUAUCAACUGGGAGAAUUAGUAGUUGUGAAAGACUACCCAGAAGUUAUUAGAUUGAUAGCCAGUUUCACUAUUACUAGCUUACAGCAUUGGGAAUUUGCACCAAACAGUGUUCAUUAUUUGCUAACUCUUUGGCAGAGAAUGGUUGCCUCGGUGCCUUUUGUGAAAUCAUCAGAACCCCAUCUCUUAGAUACAUAUGCACCUGAGAUCACAAAGGCGUAUAUUACUUCUAGAUUGGAAUCUGUCCCCCUGGUUAUAAGAGAUGGUUUGGAUGAUCCGUUGGAUGACACAGCCACAGUCUUUCAGCAGCUGGAGCAACUGUGCACAGUUAGCAGAUGUGAAUAUGAAAAGACUUGUGUUCUUCUUGUACAGCUAUUUGACCAAAAUGCACAAAGCUAUCAGAAGCUGUUGCAGUCUAGUAGUAGAAAUCCCCUGGCAAUCUCAAUUCAAGAAGGACGCUUGGCAUGGCUUGUAUAUCUUGUCGGAACUGUUGUAGGAGGAAGAUUAACUUAUACCAGUACUGAUGAACAUGAUGCUAUGGAUGGUGAAUUAUCCUGUCGAGUAUUUCAGCUAAUUUCUUUGAUGGAUGCCCAGUUACCACGCUCUAGCAAUGAGAAAGUGGAAUUUGCUGUACUCUGGUUUUUGGAUCAGUUUCGUAAAACGUAUGUAGGUGAUCAGCUCCAACGCACCUCAAAGGUUUAUGCUCGAAUGUCAGAAGUUUUGGGAAUAACAGAUGACAACCAAGUUCUAGAGACAUUUAUGGCAAAAAUCGUUACAAAUCUUAAAUACUGGGGACAAUGUGAAGCUGUGAUUUCAAGAACUCUUCAGUUUCUAAAUGAUCUUUCGGUUGGUUAUAUUCUCUUAAAAAAGCUUCUGAAAAUAGAUGCUGUGAAGUUCAUGUUGCAGAAUCAUACGAGUAAAUACUUUCCUUUCUUGGGUGUCAAUGAUAAUUAUGGUUUGAGUGACCUUAGGUGCAGAACAACAUUCUAUACUGCACUCACACGCCUUCUCAUGGUAGAUCUAGGUGAAGAUGAGGAUGAAUUUGAAAACUUCAUGCUUCCCCUGACAGUUUCAUUUGAAACUUUAGGCCAGAUAUUUAACAGUAGUUUUAAGCAAGAGGAAACAAAGUACUUUCAGAAGACACAAGCUGAGAUCCAGAGAAUUAUAUGCCAGCUCCAUAUAUGCAUCAAGUUUGUGCGUAUGUUGAUCGGACUGGCAAGAGAUCUUCGAGGGAUUGCCUUUGCUCUGAACACAAAGACCAGCUACACCAUGCUGUUUGACUGGAUAUACCCUUCAUAUCUUCCCAUUCUUCAGACAGCUGUUGAGCUGUGGUAUCGUGAACCAGCAUGUACUACUCCUAUCUUGAAGCUCAUGGCCGAGAUGAUGCAGAACAGAUCACAGCGUUUAAAUUUUGAUGUGUCUUCUCCUAAUGGAAUUCUCCUCUUCAGAGAGGCUAGUAAGAUGAUUUGCACUUAUGGUAAUCAGAUCCUGUCCCUUGGGACUCUGUCAAAAGAUCAAGUUUAUCCAUUGAAACUCAAGGGUAUUUCCAUCUGUUAUUCUGCUCUCAAAUCUGCCUUGUGUGGAAAUUAUGUCAGCUUUGGCGUCUUCAAGUUGUAUGGGGACAACCACUUUGACAAUGUACUUCAGGCCUUUGUCAAAAUGCUGCUCUCAGUAUCCCACAGUGACUUGCUACAAUAUCGAAAACUAAGCCAGUCAUAUUAUCCACUCUUGGAAUGUCUUGCCCAGGACCAUAUCAGUUUUAUCACCAGUUUAGAGCCUCAUGUGCUGAUGUAUAUGCUUACUUCAAUAUCUGAAGGACUUACUGCGCUGGAUACGAUCGUCUCCUCCAGCUGUUGUGCGAGUUUAGACUACAUUGUCACCGCCCUCUUCAAGCACAUAGCAAAAGAAGGCAAGAAACCUCUGAGAUGUAGAGAGAUUUCCCAAGAUGGGCAAAGAUUACUGCACUUCAUGCAACAGAACUCAGAAGUGUUGCAGCAGAUGAUGUCAAUUCUCAUGAACACCAUAAUUUUUGAGGACUGCAGAAACCAGUGGUCUGUGUCAAGACCCCUCUUAGGUCUUAUACUCCUCAAUGAGAAAUACUUUAGUGAAUUAAGAGCCAGCUUGAUAAACAGUCAGCCUGCUAAUAAACAAGAAGUCCUUCAUCAGUGCUUUAGGAACCUAAUGGAAGGAGUAGAACAAAAUCUUCUGGUAAAAAACAGAGACAGAUUCACACAGAACAUGUCCGUCUUCCGCAAAGACAUGGCCGAAACCCUGCGCUGUGAGGGGGCAUCAGAAUCGAACAGUUCAGAAAUGAUGAGUUGAUGCUGAACUUGAAAGGUGUUCAGUACUGAAUAGACUUUGAAGGUUGAGGAACCACAAUAUUGUUAGAUAGAUUUUGACUUUAAUAGGAAAUAUUUUUUUAAAUAUCUUCUGCCUUUUUAUAUCUCUGGCAUAAAUGUAAGGAUUUGUAAUACUGGAAACAAUGUAAAAUCACACUUGGCAUUAAGAACCAUUUUGAACUUCCUUAUCCACAUUUCACAGUUACAUGGUUCAGAAACAAUAUUUAACCAAAGAACAAAAUAAAAUUUGUAUUUUUUUCUGAAAUCUCAUUGCUGGGAAAUUUCAGUUCUACAAUCAAACAGUGAAUAAUAUCAGAGCAUUUAAAACAACAACAGUGAUAUCAACUUUUUCUGUCAUAUCAUUAUGUAAAUCUUUUGAAUGAGCUAGAGCAUAAUUUUUAAACAGUAUGGCUAUAUGUAGAUUUUUAAAAACAGCUUUGUCUUAAGUGUGCUGUUGAUAAGCAAAGAAUUGACAGAAUGCAAAUUAACUCUUCUGGAAUAAAUAAAGUAAAAU